UGAAAAUAUCUUGCUUAAUAUUAUUGAAAAUGAAAUAUUUAACAAUUUGUUGAAUAUUUGUUCUUUACAAUUUUUAAAGGGAAAAAUAAACAUGAUUGCGAUAUAUAUAUAUAUUUAUUAUAUAGAUAAAUUGAUAGAUCUACGUUCUAAUAUUUAAAGAUUGUGAUUUUUUUAAUUUGACUUAUUUUUCACAUAAAUUCUGAAUUCAAGCAUGACUUGAUAGUCAUAAUAGUUAUAGUAGUAGUACAAUGAAAGCUAUGAUUUGACUUAAUGUUUUAAAUGUAAGUGAAGUCUCUUAUUUUUUGUGUUUUUUAAAAAUCCUUCUAUAACAAAGUGUUUAAACCCGUAUUGCCGUAUCAGUAUGGGCAGAAAAGUUGAAUUUGUAUGAACUGCGGUAUUCGUAUAGGAGUGGAGUUGUGGGUUAGCCACUGAAAGGCUUCAUUGUUGAAGUUGAAGUUGAAGGACAUGCAAGACUGACACUUCAUUUACAACACUUUUCAUUUCCUGACACGUUGCUUAACUCCAUCCUCUUUUUUACUAUUGGGAUACUCAUUCUUACAUCACUUUCUUCAUACACUAGCUGUACGACUAUCUUUUUAUUAUUAUUAUUAUUAUUAUUAUUUUUUUUUUAUUAGAGGUAGUAUGAGAGAAUGAAAAAAUUAGAUAAAAAUUAAAAAUGUGUUAUUUACUCCCGAGACCUUAACUCCUAUUCAUUGAGUGAUUCUCAUUUUGAGUUUUGACUUUAAAAUGUUAAAAAAACUAAAGUACUUUUAAUAUUUAGUCAAAAUAAAAUAUCAAUUACUCAAUGAAUUAAUAGGAGUAAUGACUUACGUUCAUAAGUUACUACUUCUUAUUAUGUUUUCAUCAUACGUACGAUGAGUGUGUUUGCUGUUCAAUACAUUUGAUGAUAUUUUCUUACAUGGUACUCCCUCCAAACUAAUUUAGUUGUCCCAUUUUCUUAUUUGGUAAAGUCUUUUUAGUUAUCUCAUUUCUAUUUUUGUCAAUAUUUUUUUACCUAAAUAUCCUUAGUUCACACAAGUAAUUACGAAUAUACCCUUAUAUAUCAUACUUAUCCAACUAUCCUUCACUACUUACCCUUUAUUACUUACCCUUUUUAAUGGACCUUACACCAUCCUUAAUAAACGUGCCUAAGCAAAUGAGACAUUUAAAUUGGUUCGGACAUAGUGGUAAUAUUACUUGUAAUCUUUGAAAAUAAUAGCCAUAGUUUUAAAAUUUUUUUUAUAUUUUAAAUUAUCUUUGGUUAAAGUUGUUAUGUAGUUGCUAAUUUUUAUCUCUGAUGUAGAUUUUAUAUAACUCUUUAUUAAUAAAUCAGGUAUUAUUCAAAAAAAAAUUCUUCUAUAUUUUUUCAUCAAUUUAUAUUUUAUAACUAUUUAAACACCUAAUAAUAUUGAACUAACCCACAACUACUUUAUGUCAAACGCAUCCAAUGUAAUAAUGUAUUGUAUAUGUAGAUGAGAAUAGAAAAUAGAUUCAUCAUCUAAUUUUAAAAUGUUAUAAAAUAAAUAAGAUGAAAAACGCAAAUUGAUAACGAAGAUUAAAAAUAAUACUUGUAAACUUUUAAUGGAAAAUUUAAAAAUAAAUUUAAUUUUGAAAAUGAGAUUUCAAAAACUAAACACUUAAAUUAAGGCAUCAAAUGUAAAAAUUCAAUUUUAAACACACAGAGAUAGGCAAGGAGAGCAAUUAGGGCAUUACCCCAAAAUCCUAAUAUAGUAAGUAAUUAGUACGUCCAUAAAUAACGCAUUUGUUGAAGUAUCUCUUUUGAUUUACUUCACAUCAUAGUAAGUCGUAACUGCCUGCAUACAGAGUAUCAUACAUAUACUCCAUAAUCAAAUCUUAAUUUAACUCUCAUUUCUCUAUUUCGCUUCAUUAUUUCCUUUUUUUUUUUUUGUUUAAUUCAAAACUGUUUCCCUAUAAAACAUACUCCUACAAUUAUGAUAUAAAUAAUUACCCAUAUUCAAAUUUAUUCGAAACCCAAAAAACUUGUAUUUCUCCUCCUUAAUUUCUUCAAACAAUUCAGGCGGUGUGAGAAGUGAAAAUGAAGAAGGGAAGUAACAAGUUUGACUCGGUGUACAUAGUGAGUCGACUCAGAUCACUUCACCUUUUAAUGGGUCUUGUUUUUGUUUACUGUUUCUUGAUGACUACUCAAUUUCCAGCCCUCUUACGCUUCUUGGAAAAUACCGAAACUCCACCACGUUUCACAAUCCAAACGUCAUGGCAGAAAAAACCGCCGGGAAUUAUUUCUAAUUUGGUUUUCACUGGCAGAAUUAGAAACGACGAUAAUAGCUCAAUUUACAAAAGUGGCAUGCAAGCAUGGUUAUUGGGCUCAGAAUUAUGGAGGCAAUUGAAAAACCCAAAAGGAGAUGAAGGGGCAGCACCAGAAACGGCGACGAGGUGUCCGGAGAAGGUUUCUGAAACAGAAACAGAGUUCAACGGGAUGGUGAAACUGCCGUGUGGGCUAACAGUUGGUUCACAUAUAACGGUAGUGGGGCAGGUGAAGAAGGGGCAUGAAGAGAAGGAACCGAGUAUAUCGUUAGGGAAAGAUGUAAUGGUGUCACAGUUUAUGGUGGAAUUGAGGAGAGAGAAAGUAGUGAGAGGAGAAGGAGCAGCAAGAUUGUUACAUUUUAAUCCCAGGAUAAAAGGAGAUUGGAGCGAAAAACCAGUGAUUGAAAUGAAUGAUUGUUACAGAGGUCAAUGGGGUACGGCCGUGCGUUGUGAAGGAUGGCGCUCUCCGUCCACCCAUGAAACUGUUGAUGGACAGGUCAAAUGUGAGAAAUGGAUCCGUGAUGAUGCAAAUCACUUUGGACAGUCCAAGGCUAGUUUGUGGUCGGACCGGUUGAUGGGACGGCGGAAACAAGUCGAACUGGGCUGGCCAUUUCCUUUCUUAGAGGAUAGUUUUUUUGUCUUUACCACUGUUGCUGGCUUGGAAGGUUAUUAUGUUAGUGUCAAUGGAAGGCAUAUCACCUCAUUUGCUUAUCGCAAUGGCUUUGACUUAGAAGAUGGCAUGACACUUCAUGUGUAUGGGGAUGUUAGUGUACAUUAUGUAUUUGCUGCUUCCUUGCCAACAUCAAAUCCUAGUGUGGCUCCUGAGAGGCAUCUUGAGAUGUUGCCCAAGUGGAAGGCUCGACCUCUUCCCGAAGUGCCUGUUGAUCUUUUUAUUGGUACAAUUUCAGCUGGAGACCAUUUUGCUGAACGUAUGGCAGUUCGUAAGUCUUGGAUGCAACAUCCCUUGGUUAAAUCUUCAAUUGUUGUAGGCCGCUUCUUUGUUGCACUGCAUGACAGAGAAGCUAUAAACAAGGAGUUGAAGAAAGAAGCCGAUUUUUUUGGUGAUAUAGUUAUUGUUCCAUAUCUCGACAACUAUGACCUUGUUGUUUUGAAGACUUUAGCAAUUUGUGAAUAUGCGGUGAAUAUGUUGUUGACAAAAUAUGUCAUGAAAUGCGAUGAUGAUACUUUUGUUAGGGUGGAUGCGGUGCUUGAGGAAGCAGAGCGCAUCAAUAGUAAGAAGAGCAUUUAUGUUGGAAAACUAAAUUAUAAUCACCAACCUCUACGUAGUGGUAAAUGGGCAGUAACAUACGAGGAAUGGCCAGGCGAAAUAUAUCCUCCAUAUGCAGAUGGACCUGGCUAUAUUGUUUCUUCAGACAUUGCUCAAUUUAUUGUGACAGAGUUUGAGAAGAAUAGAUUGAGAUUAUUCAAGAUGGAGGAUGUGAGCAUGGGGGUGUGGGUUGAGCAGUUCAAUAAGUCGAGGCCAGUGGAAUAUGUGCACAACUCGCAUUUUCAUCAGUCCGGCUGCAUUGAUGAUUAUUAUACUGCCCAUUAUCAAUCUCCUAAACAACUGAUUUGCUUGUGGGAAAGACUGCAAACUGAAGGGCAAGCCAUAUGCUGCAAUCUAUAACAUUAUUACCAUAUACAUACAUAUUUAUAUACCAAUUGGACAAUUUUUGGAGAAUUCAGGAACUAGGAUGUGAGGCAAAGAAGUUUUCAGUUGUAGAUAGUUUAUACUUGUGUAGUCAUCUUGCGCCAACAUGUAUACAACUAUACAAGGAAUUUUUGUUAGAACUUAUAAUGAAUGAAUUUAAAGUUAACAUUGAGUUAUUCAAGAGUUUAGCAAAUACAAUGCAAAUAAGAGCAGUUCUUGCAACGUUUCUGAACAUCAUAAUACUACUAUUUUGCUAAUGAUAUAGGUAAUCAGGACUACUUGCGUUUUUGGCGGCACGAAUUGAAGACUAAUGCACAAAUCAUCUUUCUUAUUUCCAGGUAUGAAUGCUCUCCAAUUUAUUCUGCUAUGAAGCAAGAAGCCCAUGUUUUAAUUUAAUCAAUCUAUUUAAAAAUGUUAGUCUUUCUUGCAAGUCAGACAGAUAUCAGAGUAUAUUGGACUAACAUUCAGUCCAUGAGAUAUUAUAAGACUUGCCUUUGGCAUGCAUUUAUGUUUGGUUAGCAAUGUCCUACACUCUUAUAAUGAUGUACAUGAUUGAACAUUUUUAAUAGUUCAUAAUUGAUGCAAAUGAUUAUGAUCAUUAGAUUAUAGGAAAAGCCCUUAUUUAUCAGUGUGUAUGAGGUCUGAUCCUGUUGAAGUGGAAGAUAAAGCAAGGGACUCAGUGAUUCCUUCUAAAGUAGUGGCUGAAAAGGAGGAAUCAUAUUCCGUAU